AUGGGAGCUAUCUGUACCAAACAGUCUUCAAUCAAGGUGCGCAAUUGCAUGAUAGAACGAAGCCGGAGAACUAAAACGGCUGUAUUAGGAGAAUUAAGCACCGAAAAUGGCUCAUGCAAGCUUGACAUUUCAUCAAGUGCUCUUUAUCAAAACCGAAUAAAAAAGCUAAAAAAAGAUGGGAAUAAUUUCUCAGUUCUUCAGAUUAGAACUCCAAGUGCAGAUUCAUAA